GGGAACAAAGUGAGGAAUAAAUAAGGGAGUUGUCAAAAGGCUGUAGCAUAGCCCAUCUCACAAACGGACGAUCCGAAGAACACUAACACACAGAAAAGAAAAAUCCCCCACUUUCAUUUCUUUCUUUCUCCGUGCAAAGAAUCGAUCUUUUCUUUCGUUUCUCUGCUUAAAGUCGAUUUCUUUUUCUCUAAUGAUGGGAAGGGAAAACUCUUAGAGAGCAAUCCGUUUGUCAUCAAUCAGAAAGGUGUUAGCAGCUGCAGCUGUUGGUGUUUGUUUUUGCUUUUUCUUUGCAUCUCUAUCUCUCUCUCUUUGAUAAAGACGACUCCUUUAGUGGGGGGUUUUUUGUUUAGGGUCGCUCAAAUCGUUUCUCUGUUCGGGGGAACCCAUUUUUGAUAAGGCAGGCAGGAGAAAGGCGAUCUUUUCUUUUGAUUAGAGGGGAAUUUGAGCGCUUUAAGCCAUGGCGGUGGCUGAUAAUGCUGGGGUCAAAGAAGGGGUGGUGACGAGUCAGAAUUUUGACGCUACUCUGGCGUCAUCGGAGGCAAACGGUGGAUCGAACACUGUGGAGAGCACAAAACCCAUGAACGAAUCUUUGGUUGGGGGUUCGAAUUCUCAGUCUCAGAGCGAUGAUCGGGGCGCGAUCGGGGGGAAGUGCGACCAAGAAGAGCGUGCGGAUGAGAUGGCGACGGCGGCGGCGGCGGCGGCGGCUGGUUUAACCACCGGGGAGAAUGGUGGGGCCCAGAUGGGGAAUGGGUUUGAUGGGGAUCAGCAGCGGCAGCUGGCGUCGAUGGACCAGUCUAAUGGUGGGUAUGGAGGAGGUGGUGGGAAUCAGAUGGAUUUUGGGAACUCUAAUGGGGCUAAGGAGAUGAGGGAGUUGGUGGAGAUGUUGUCCAAGCUGAAUCCCAUGGCUCAGGAGUUUGUGCCUCCUUCUCUUGUUAACAAUCAAGGCAACAUUUUUGGCAACGGUGGAUUCAAGCAUCCGAACAAUUUUGGAAUGCUUAAUUCCAAUGGGAAUCCUAAUGGAAUGAUCAAAAGGAAGAACAAUUUUAACCAGGGAAGGAGAAGAACCAAUGGUGGCAGGAGGAGUAUGGCUCAGAGGGAAGAAGUAAUUAGGAGGACUGUAUAUGUGUCUGACAUCGACCAGCAGGUUACUGAGGAGCAGCUGGCAGGUCUAUUUCUGCAUUGUGGACAAGUUGUUGAUUGUCGUAUAUGUGGUGAUCCUAAUUCAGUUCUUCGCUUUGCGUUCAUUGAAUUUACUGAUGAAGAAGGUGCAAGGGCUGCUAUAACUUUGUCUGGGACUGUGCUUGGAUAUUAUCCACUAAGAGUGCUGCCUUCUAAAACUGCGAUUGCACCUGUGAACCCAACAUUUUUGCCAAGGUCUGAAGAUGAACGAGAGAUGUGUGCUAGAACAGUGUACUGUACCAAUAUAGAUAAGAAGAUUAGCCCAGGGGAUGUGAGACUUUUCUUUGAACAUUUCUGUGGAGAGGUUCAGUGUUUGAGGCUUCUUGGAGACUAUCACCAUUCAACCCGUAUCGCUUUUGUUGAGUUUGCAAUGGCUGAGAGUGCAAUCGCUGCUCUGAACUGCAGUGGUGCCAUUCUGGGAACCUUGCCCAUAAGGGUAAGCCCAUCAAAGACGCCAGUUCGCCCUCGCUAUCCCAGACCACCUACGCACUGAAGAGGAUUGAUUUGAUCGUCGGAAGUCAGAAGUCGAUGCAAGCAAGCUCGUGAUGGAGCUGGUGAUCCAUAGAAAUUACCUAUCUGUUUAAAUUAUAGGAGCCGAGAACACAUUUCUGUUUCUUUUUUUCCCUCCUUCCUUAAAAUCUUUGUUCUUUAUUGUGUCAGUUGGUAUCUCAGACUAGAAUGGUACACCCUUUCCUCGAACAACCCAUAAGGGUUGCGGGAAUUAAUGGCUUAUUAUGGUUGUUGAGAUGCUGCUAUAUGUCAAUAGAGUUGGAUGGGGAUUUUGAGGAUGUGAUGCGUCUUCUCUUCUUUUCUCUCUUUAAUGAUUCAAAGGAGUGUGUGAAGCAUGCCUUUCAUGGAGGCAUUGGACCUUCAACUUUGACACCUUAUUACUCAGGUGAGUAUAGCAUGCCAUGUCAACUAUCUGCGUCUAUUCGAUAUAUGGUUUGG